UACACUGUACCCUGUCCAUAUUACAGACCAGUUUAUGUUCAGUUUUAUACGUUUUAGGAUAUUAUUGUGAUAUAUUUCGAAUUCACUCUUGUUAGAGACAUGUGGGUGCUAGGCCCGCUAUAUAUAGCUGCCGUGCUGGCGGCCGCUCAUGGACAACGGUAUUUCGCUAUGAUGCCAAACGAGGUACGAAAUGACAUGGAUUACCGAGUUGACGUCACUUUGCUGACGCCACAAAAUGCCAUGGUGACGUUCGAAGUCAGCAUCAUGAAUUCAGGCAUGUCAGGUGCCCUCUGGUCGAGCCCUAGCCCGUCUGCAUUUAACAUCACCAUUAAUGGUGGUCAGAUGACAGGAAAUGGCGCAGUGAAGGUACCCUACUCCGUUCCCGCCGGCAGUAAAUGCAAGGUCCAGCUCCGCUCGAUCGGGCUUGGCAAGGAGAUUAUAGAGACACGGGAUGUGGACAUUGUCCGCCCAAUCCCUCCUAUCUUUAUCCAAACCGAUAAGCCCAUCUACCAGCCCAAACAGAUAGUGCGGUACAGAGUUCUGAGCGCAAAUCCAGAUUUAAAGAUAAAACAAGAAGCUUUACAAGUCAUCAUCAAGGACGCCAAAGAUAACACAAUCAUGGAUAAGACCGCGGAUCCCACAGCAGCUGAUUUUAACGGUUUGGUACAAGACUCUUUCGAGCUGUCAGAUGAUCCUAUCAAGGGAGUUUACACCAUAAGUGCAUCCACAAGUACUAGCUAUACAGAGGCAACGUUCGAAGUUAAAGAAUAUGUUUUGCCAAAGUUUGAAGUCACUGUCAGCAUGAAGCCGAGUUACGGAACAUACAAUAACGAUCUAACUGUUUCCGGAACGGUGGACGCUAAGUACACGUACGGAAAGCAGGUUCAAGGUCAACUCGAAAUUAUGGCUUAUUAUGGCGGUAUGGAAAAAACAGUACAGAAAAAAAUAGAGUUUUCUGGAAGUUACGACUUCAACUUCGGAUUAUACGAUCUCAUAGUCCUUCCCCAGUACGGAGGAGAUGCCUCAAGGUUCAUUCCACCGUACCAACCAUCUGGUGAAGUCCAGAUAUUUGCGAAAGUGUACGAGGCCCACACAAACACGGAGCAAAACGAGACAGCAAUGUAUACAGUGUAUGCGAAAGACUUCAAAGCGACCCCCGUGGAUCCGAUACCGCUUCUCUUUGACGGCGCAACGGCGUACUCAUUUGAGCUUGAACUGACCGACCCUAGAGGAAACGCGUUGAAGGAGACAAAUUGGUCACAAUAUACAAUUUCGUACUCGGUAAACUACAGACGUACAGUCAGUAGUGUUGCGGUCACGGGUCAACGACAGCUUAUUACCAUAGACGAUGCGGACGUGAAUAACAUUCAGGUGUGGUAUGUCAGAGGACGCGAGGAGAGCAUCAAAGCCGACGUGGUUCCAGUCAAGUACUACAGCGGCUCGAAAACAACCCUUUCGGUUUCCAUGGUCGAGUCUUCUAAUCAGGAUGAGCGAUGCUUCAAAAUUGGGCCUGCAUAUAUGUCGGGUGAUAAAGUAUAUUAUCAGAUUAUCAACGCCUUUUACCCAGAGAGCGUACGUCCGUACACCAAGCCUGAGGGCCACUGCUUCACCGUCACCAAGGACCACGCACCUGCCUCCAUGGUGGUUGCGUACAAAGUUGUCGCCUACCCAGACCCGGACACAAAGGACGUCACCAAAACUGAGAUGUUGACUGCCUCAGUGAUUUUUGAAACCCCUUGGACGUCCAGUAACCAGGUUUCAAUGGAGGUAGAUGGAAGCUCUACGGUCGAACCCGGGGAUGAAGUGAACCUAGUGGUCCAGGCCGCCGCCUCGUCCUGGGUCUGUACUUCCGGUCUGGAUAAAAGGGUGGAGCUGCUGUCAGAGAACAAGAAUGUCGUCACUAUGUCUAAGCUGAUCGAGGCGGUAGAGAACUACCGAAUGUUUUCACGCCCAAAGGAGAACCCGUUCCCAAACCCUCCUUGGAUCCGACCAAUGUUCGUGAUGGAAGGCGAGCGAGUGUUCCGGAAGAAACGUUGUUUGGGCUGCUGGGGUGGUAACGGCAACUCCAUUGACCCCAUCAAAUUGCUUAAGGAGGCUGGUCUUUUGAUUGUUACCGAUCUGUCCAUGUACGAAAGCACAAACACCCCACCGUUCUAUUACGACGACGACAUGCUAUUUGCCAUGGUUCCGGAGGCCGGUAUGGAGUUCGAUAAGGCUCGGGUUGAUGCAACCGAUGAAAAACAAGGUGCUGGCCCCAUCGAAGCACCAAAACCUGCCCAGACGAGAAAAAACUUCGAAGAGACGUGGCUUUGGGAGAUGGAGAGGGCCAACUCUGAUGGCGCGCUUAUGCUAACUUCGAAAAUCCCAGACUCUAUUACCAGUUGGACAGUUAAUGCGUUCGCUUUUAACGCGGAGAAGGGCAUAGGUGUUGCCAAUCCAGUAACGGUGACAGUGUUUAAGGAGUUUUUCAUAUCCAUGAACCUGCCCUACUCGAUUGUAAGGCGGGAAAACGUGACGCUCCAGGUCCUCGUCUUUAACUACCGAGAGGCCCGGUCUGACAACAACAAUGGUCUUCUUCAGGCGAAGGUCAGGCUGGACAACAACAACCGAGACUAUCAAGUGCUCGGACCUGACACAGUGGAACUUGAGAUCCCGAGCGGCCAGUCAGGGUUAGCGCAGUACAAUGUGAUUGUUUCGGAAGUAGUUGGCGAGGUGACGCUGCUCGCCACUGCCACCGACAACAUCGACGGAACAGUUGACAGGGUGGAGAGAAAACUCCGUGUAAAGGCCGAGGGGCGUGAGGUUGUAAAAUCGGACAACUUGAAGUUAAGUGACAUCACUUCCGGACAAACGCAGACUGCGUCAUUCAAUAUGAGCAAACUGUUUCCGCAGGAGGACAGGGCAUACUUUGUGGAAGGCUCGCUCAGAAUGUAUCUUAAAGCAACAGGCGACAUUAUGGGUCCGUUCAUCGAGAACCUGGAAGGCCAUAUCCGGAUGCCGACCGGAUGCGGAGAACAGAACAUCCAGACGCUCACUCCGUCCCUGUUCGCGGGAAGGUACCUGAACUCCAUCGACAGAUUGGACCAAGAGUCUCAAGCAAAGAUUGAGAAGGUUUGCGGAUUCGGUUAUCGUAAGGAGCUGAUCUACAAACAUUCUGACGGCUCGUACAGCGCGUUUGGGGAGUCCUCGGGGCUUUGUGGCUGCAUGGGCGGGGCAGCGAAAAAGGGCAGCACAUGGUUGACGGCUGAUGUGUUGAAGAUGUUCUCACUGUUGAAAAAGGAAGAAUUCACGUAUGUGGCGCCCGAAGAACUGAAACACAUGUUCGACUACAUGAAGACUACAGUUCGUGAAAAUUGUGACGACCAGUUCUUUGUUGAGCUCGGGGAACUCAUUCACAAAGAAAUGAUGGGAGGCAGCGAGUCCAGGAUCGGGUUUACAGCGUUCUGCACAAUGGCUCUCCUCGACUACAGGGCAACACUUCCCGCCGGUGAAACUCGGAAUGACGUAGAUGCAGUGAUCACCAUGGCCACGGACUGGAUUUUAGCGCGAAAGCAGCGGAUCUAUGACACCCGUAACAAGCUACAAGCGGCCGUCAGCGCCUACGUGCUCGCCAAAGCAUGCGAAUCCUCCGGUAAUGAGAAGUGCAAAGAAGCCAUCCAUCUCCUGGAUGCCAGCAAAACUUGGGACGGACCACCAGUGGAAGGCGAAUGCAUGGCUGACAAGCUGAUAGAGAAUCCUGAAAGAAGCGAAGUUUGUACAUCUGUUCCGGAGGAUCCAAACCGACCGUACAAUUGUGACCAGUGUUGUCGCAUGCCUUGCUCGGAUGUUAAAGUGUGCAAGUCCCGGGGGUACUCGAGACACGGUAGCCAGGAUUCGGGUCCGUCUAAGACAGAGACGGCCGGGUACCAGGUGCUUGCUUACCUGGCCCUACACGAGACAUCGGGCUUUUCGACUGAGGACAAAAACAUGUACGAGAGCAUGGCCGAGGGGUUGGUUAAUGGACUGCGCAGGGAAAUGGGUUUUGACGGCCUCUGGCACUCGACACAGGACACCGCGGUGGCCCUGGAAGCGCUGUCCUCGUACGCCUACAUGUUCCCGGAUGGAAUGGCCAACUUCCGGGUGGAGGCCAAGCAGGGCAGCACCGUCGUCUCCGCUCCAAUCUUCAUCACUCCCAGCAACUACACCGUCAACGGAAUGGAAAAGUUGGACAUUCCGGCCGGUGUAAUUCCCAGCACCAUUGACGCGCAAGUGAGCGGCAGUUCCGGUACCGCCUACGUCAAUCUGGUGGCAAUGUACAACCUGAACAGCAACAUCACGAACAAGGCCAUUGUCAUCACGGGCGGGCCCAUGGUAACGGUGAACGGCGAGACCUACAUACAUACCUGUGUAUCAGCCAAUCCGAACUCGAAUGUCGGUGUAAGCACAAUGGCGCUGGUAGAGGUGGAGAUGCCUACCGGAAGUCAAGUCAGCUCCGUAGAUGGCGGUAAUGACUCAAAGACCUCACCGAUUAAGGUCGAGAUCAAAGAAGAUAGUGUCGUCUUUUACUAUGAGAGCGUGACCUUGGAGGAGCGAUGUACGAAGGUACUUUAUAAUCAGGUGUUCGAGGUUCAGGACCCUCAGCCCAGGUCCCUUACGGGCAUUGACUACUACCAGCCAGACCAGAACACAAAGGUGUUCUACACGGUUUCCCAGAAGGACAUCCCGUGUUCCGACUGUCCUACUACCGGCGCUUCCGGCAUCCACAUGAGCGCCUCCCUUCUCUGCGCUCUUCUUGCGCUCACGCUUGUCGCCAUGAGGAUGCAGAUAUUCUGAAGUGUUGUAUAUUGACAAUUUGCUGUUUAAUAUGAAAUCCCUUGCUUGUAUAUGACUCUAUUGCCUGUAUAGUACUUUGCUUAAUACAUUCCAUUUCGAUUUACGCGUAUUAAGCUUCAAAAUAUUAGUAAUCAAAGUAGUUCGUUUUUUUCUCAUACAGUGUACUUUGUCUUGUAUGUUUCUUUUUUGUAGUAAGCAGUGGAGGUAUUUAAAUAGCCCAGGCGUCGUUGUUAUUGUUGUUGCUGGCGUUGUCGCCGGCGCCGUCCUCGAGAAAAAAACCUUCAAGGCCAUUAAUCAAACUUUAAAAAAGAUUACAUUGACACCUGGAAUACAUUUUGCCAGAGACAUUGCGCAUAUGAACAUCAAUACUAAUGGCUUAAAUGAUUUUAUUAUCUUGUCGCAUUUUAGAAGUAAAAAGGGGCCUGAUUUUGCAUGUACUCAACGGUUCUGUUUAUACCUUACGCGUACUAAAAAUAGCACUGGUGAUAUCUUGAUGGACACGCAUGGGUGAAUGUACAUUGAAUUGUUUUCGUUAAGGAGCAUUUGUAUGCGGUCAGUUACUUCUUCAGCUUUUUAAUGUUAUGUAGUUUUUGUAUAGAAUUAUGGUUGGAGUAAGCCAUUAUUCAAAUUUUUUUGAAGUAACAAUUUCUUAUAUUCCUGACUUCGCCUUCUUUGAUUUCGCUUAAGGUGGAACGCGACUAUGAUUUUUUUUCGAGUUUCUCAAUUAAGAGUUUCAUUAUAUUAUUUAAAAAAUCCUCCAUGUAUUAUUAACCUGGUUAAUUUCAAAUGCUGUAUUAUAAUUAUAUACAAAAUGUAUGUAUUUUAAUCCAUUUACUUAAGUCGAACCCCGUUGGCUCGAACUCCAAGGGACCGGCAAAAUACCUCGAGCCUCGGGGAAGACCCUAUAUAUAUAUUCAGAAGAAACGAAUGGGAUCUUUAUAGCCAGUUCCAGAAAACGAGGAAAAAGAACCAAGCGAGUUCGAGCCAAGUGGAAAUCGAACCAAACUAGUUCGAGAUAACGGGGCUCGACUGUAUUAUAUUUUGUCGUUUGCACCGUCUUUAGCUUGUAUUCACGUAAAAUACUCAGAUCUAUAUUCUAUAAGUAUAUUUUCUUUGACUUUAAACCUGCUUGUAAAAUUAUACCAUUUUGAAUAUUUCUUAAGUUAUUUUUAUGGAUAUUGAUAUAGAAGGACUCGUAGAGAAAUAACAAUUCAGGUAUUAUCAUUGAAACACAGCAUAUGUAUCCAUUUUUCAAAUUUGAGUGUACCUUGUAUAAAUUCGUUAAAAUUGAUUUGGGUUAGUGUAAAAUAUUUAGAAAUCAUUGUUUGAAGACUUGAACAAAUUUCACUUCUGUGCCUGAUGUAGUUUGUAUUUAGAACGAAAUAAAAUUUUCUUUUAUA